AUGAGUAGGUGUGUCCAAACUUUUGACUGGUAGUGUACAUUUCUUGUAUGGGUGGCCCCAGCGGCAAUUGAACUUACAAACUUGUAUUGCAAGCACAUGCUCUACCAACUGAGUCACACAGGCAAUGUAAUUUGUGAAAAUUUUCUCUUCAUCAUUAUACAGGAAAGGGUAGUUACAUGUUUGAACAAUAACUCUAGUGCUAGUAACUGAAAUUGGAUCAAGGCUGACUGGUUGAUACUGGUGCACAAAGGUGAUUAGUGUCAUUUUGUACGCCGAGUUGCUUUAAUUUACUGUGAGUUUCAAGGGAAGCGUUGCAACUUCAUUCACUGGAAACAGGACCUGAUUCCUGGGAAUAAGGAAACCAAAACAUCCAACAGGAGGAGACCAUAUUACCCUGAAGCACCCACCCAUCCAGAUCAGUGCCACAGCCCAGCCCUGAUUUCCCUUCACACAGAAUUAUAUCAACGACCACACUCAGAGACUGGGAGGACAGGUUGGCAAGUACAGGACCCCUGCUGAGACCUUUACUCGAUUCACAGGGCCAGUUAGAAGAAUGUUGACGAGUAAAAUGUGGCGGUUGACAACCAUAUACAUGCUUAUAUCUGAAUGGAUCAUCAAAUCACAAGAAAUUACAGUGGAUCCUCCUGAGAACAUUGGGAUUGAUGAUCCUGGCCACCUCGGGCCGCUCUACAUCCACUGGACGGCUCCAGCCAGCCUGACCAACCUGACUGCCUGCUCCAUGAGAUACCACCUGGAGUACUUCAACACAUAUCAGAACAGAUGGACUGUGAUCAGGACUGUACGGACAUGGUACAGUGCUCAGUUUGACCUGGAGAAGGAGGUCAGGGUGCGGAUCUCCACCUUACUGAGGGGAGCCUGCACCAACGGCACUGAGCUCAAGAGCCCCUUCACAGAGAUAGUCCUGCCACCCAAUAACACAGUUGGCUCCAGGGUCCAGGGGUUUGGCUGCGUGUUUUAUCAGAAGGAGUUCAUGGAGUGCACCUGGGAGACGGGCUUAGAGGAGCCAACCCAAUCCCAGCACAGCCUGUACUUUUGGCAUCGGGAGAUGGAACAGGCUGAGGAGUGUCCUCAGUACAUCCACUCCAAUGGGAUCAGGACUGGCUGCAAAUUCACAGAGGAAUCUCUCCCAGAAUUCCGUGAUUUCAACAUAUGCAUAAACAGCUCCUCUCCCAAGGUGGUCUUGAGGUCGGCGUUCUUCUCCCUGCAAAUUCAGAAUUAUGUGAAACCUGCAGCCAUUGAGACCGUGCAUCUGGAGGCUAGUCCAGACAGGCGGCUACAGCUGCAGUGGGAAUUGCCCAACGAGAGGAUUCCCAGACACUGCCUGGAGUAUGAGGUGGAAGCCAGAGAGGAGGGCGUAGGCGGGCAGCAGUUGUUGCAGAGGAACGUAACCAUUGAGAUGACGCUGACUUCUCUCUCAAUGGAUGGUGCCCAGAGGAAGUGCUUCCGGGUCAGGUCCAGGAUGCACCACUACUGUGCUGACAGAGGCUUCUGGAGUGACUGGAGCCAUUGGUCCUGUCACCCAGAUACAGAGUCAGAUGCUGUGGUGGUCUGUGCCCUGGUCAUCGGGAUCAUCAUCUCUAUGUUGAUCCUGUCUUUGUUUGGGUGGGCACUAUGGAGAAAGUGGAAAGCCAGAGAGGGGAAAAGGAUGCCUUUCAGUCCCCUGCACAAACUGAUGGAAUAUUCCAAAGGACUCUCUGCUUGCAGUCAUUUCAAUAAAACGAGAGAACCAGUAGUAGAGCCUUUGCAAGCAUUGCCUUAGGGCAGACGAUAAAGAGAUACGAGUUAGACAGGUGAUUGAACUAAUUUGAAACACACAUGCACACAUGCUCACACACACGCAAGCACUCACUGACACAAAAUGAGGAUGAGACAGUAGAGAAGCACUAUCUCAUUUCACAUUCAAGACAGAAUUGUAUUGACUUGUUUGCUGAUAUUAAUCUCUUAUGUACCGAUAUGUUCAAUUCAAGUGUUACUCAGUAGAAUAUUAAAUGUUCUUGCCAAACCAUUUACGUAAUGUAAAACUCCAGGUAUUACGUUACACAAUAUAGCCUUAAAAAAUGCCACAGCUCUUUCCGGUUUGUUUACUUUCAACAUGUAUUUUAUUUCUAUCACAAAUUAUACUUAUUGGAGUCGUUUUUUUGUAGUUGUAGUUCGAUGCCAGUCGAAUGUAUCUCUUAAGUUCUUUGCAUAGAAUUCCCGGGCUGUUAAAAUUGAAUGCAUUGGAUGGUGUUGAACUAAUGUUAUGUCAUGUUUUAUAUAUAUUUUUUGCAUCUAUACCUAUAAAGAUGUGUUGUUUGGUAUUAUUUACAGUAUUGUAUUUGCAGUGAUUGUUGUUUCAGAGACCUUGAUAUGUAUGUUAUUUGGCACCAUCCUGUGUCAGGAUGACUGUCCUUCAAGUGUAUAUUGUUGCUCUUGCGAUGAAAUGUUGCUGAACUGUUUUAUGGACAUAUUUAUCAUAUCACGAGCAUGGAAAAAUGAAAAUAAAUGGCAGUCGUCUUGACUUUGAUACAGAGGAAGAUAAGGAUCCAUCAUCUCAGACUGUCCCAUGUGCCCAUGCAGAUCCAGCUCCCGAUCUGGAGUCGUUCCCAGAGGGAGGGUUCGGCUGUCUUCACCCCCCUUCUCUCUUCUGUCCUCAACCUGGGUUGGUGCUUUGGCCAUUGGGUAUGAUCUGUCUCUGCUUCCCCUGGCAGUGGUGGAAAAAGUAAACAAUUGUCACACUUGAGUAAAAGUAAAGACACCUUUAAUAGAAAAU